CUAUCAUCGACGACUGAGAUCUCGUAUCUAAUCACCCGAAACCACACAAGAAAUCGAACCCGAACCCUAGCCUCUCGUUCCUAUCUUCUCUCGCCAGAAACAUCAACAGAAAACUUUUUGGUUUCCUCUCGUCGUGUUCUUCUCUUAUUUCAUUGGAACCCUAGUAAUCAACAUUGAUACUUAACGAAGCAUUAGGCAGACACGUAAGAUUCAAAGUCACGAUUCACCUCCUCUUAUUGCCUCUCGUCUGCGCCACUCCUGUGAACGAAUAGAAGCAAUGUGCCCUCCAUCUCUCUUGUUAAAUGCAUUCUACAUUCUAGGGUUCGAAUUACCCUCUCCUUGUCGUGUGAUUUUACCAGAGAUUGAAUCAUGCCCUGAAAACUUUGAUUAAGGUGUGAUUAUGGCUCGAAAUAUCCAAUUGGAGUUAAUACCUUGCAUUUGAUGCCGUGUUCAUCAUUACUAAAUGUCGAAGGUUCAUCUGGAUCAGUAGAGCUACCCGAGGGGCUAGACCAAUACAUCUUAGACACAGAAAAGAACCAUGGAAGCAGAAGAUGGUCUCCAAAAUCUCACCUCCCUUCACACCCUAGAAACUUAUACACAUACCCUACAAAACAACACCAAUUCUUCACAAUACUCACACCAACCUCAUAUUUACCUUCAUUUUCACCCGGGCCGCACAACAGUCUGCCCUCGCUAUGUUAUCGUUACCAAAUGCCCUUGUGAGACCUUAAUCUCUACCCUUUAUCAAACACCUAUAGAUUAUCUGUUAUUUCAUUCAAAUAAAGGCAUGAUAAUCUAUUUAAUUUUGGUUAUCUGAUGCCUCCAUUUCUAUUAUGAAUCUCAUCUUGCAAUUAGCUUCUUACUGAGAGAUGGCCAUGUAUUUGCCAUUGCCACUGUUGCUACAUUUAUUCAUGUGACUGAUAUCUUUGGAAGAGAAAACAUGGUUCGCAUUACAGGUGGAAUGAAGGUGAAGGCUGACAGGGAUGAAUCUUCUCCUUAUGCAACCAUGCUUGUUGCACAAGAUGUCUCCCAAGAUGCAAGAUAAAAACCAACAUAACUGAUGAAGAAGCAAAUGAAAAAAGAUGGCUUGGAAUUAGAGGUGGAGUUAUCGGGUCUUCUUGAUGCUACAUGUGACACUCAAACAAAGAUGGUAAAGAUGUCAGCAUUGAAUCAUCUAAUGUCAACACAUGUCUUGCAACAUGCUCAACAAAUUGAGUGUUUGUAUGAUCGGGUCAGAAAUAGCAACAUACUUGACUCUUUGUACAAAUGCGGUUGAAGCAACAAAGAAUGUUGAGAUGGGUAAUAAGGAACAAACUCAAGCCCAUACAGAGGAACAACAAUAGCAGAAUUUUGAUCUUACUUUUCAUUUUUGUUUUUAUUUUUACUAUUCUUUUUCUUGACUGGUAUAAUUAAUUAAUAGCUAAAUCAAGGGACUCAUCAU